CUCCGCUCCGCUCUCCCGGGAGAUCCGCGGACACAACUCCCCUGGGACCCUGCCGAGCCGGGCCGAGCCGAGCCGGGCCGGGCCAUGGCCCCGCCGGGUCCCGCGGCGCUGCGCUGCGCGCUGCUCUGCGCGCUGCUCUGCGCGCACGGACCCGCUCCCACCCGCGCAGGGGUUCUCUCGCCCCCACGGGACUCGGUCGCCCAGCCCUGGUUUGGAGGAGAGGGACCCCUGCUCCGCUGCCAGCCGUGCUCGGGGGGCUGCGACCCCCGAGGGCCAGGGGGGUGCGCUGGGCUGCAGGGUCCAAGCUCCUCCCCAAAAAGUGUGGGGAUCUCGUGGUGGGGAGAGGGGAGCGGAGCCGUCUCCUCCUUCCCGAGGUGCCGCAACUCCGGGCAUUAAUUAUGCAAACCCCAGGCUUCCUUCUGCUCCCCCUCUCCCAUCCCCCGGCGGCUGCAGGGAGACCUUUCCACCCUGACUUAUCCCAGGGGCCCCACGCGUGUUCCGGAGCGCCCCUGGGAGCGGGGCUGCCCUCGGCCGCCCCCCUCCCUCCCCACACCUGACGGCAGGAGCGGGAGUUGACAGCGUUGGGCUCGAACGUCUGUUCCUGCGCCUGCCGCGAUAAAAAUAAAUUAUAAACCUGCCUAAACCCUUGCGAACAAAGUCCUACUUUCCCAUUGGCUCCCGGCAGGUCUCCAAAUGCUGGAGGGGGGGCCAGCGGCGUGCCCACCUCCCCCUCCCGUAGCCAUGGCAAUGGGGCCGCAGCAUCUCCGCUUCCUGCCUUGCGCCACCCGUUGCCCCCUUGGCUUUUCCUGGCAAAGAAGGGAAGGGGCUUUUCUACCAGCCGUGCACGGUUUUUGGGAACCCCCAAAAGCAGGGGGGCUACAGUGGCGGCUCCAAAGGGGAGCGCUGCCGGCAGGGUGCCCUGUGCCUGCUCCGUGCCCUGGGGAAGGCCAGCCCGCAGCAGCCUCCCCUGCCAGGAGGGUUUGCCCGCGGAGCCUGAAGCACGCCCAGCGUGGGGAGCGGCUCCCGGCUCUUUCCCGGGAUGGGGAAACGCGGGACGCGGUGCGGGCAGGGCUCCUGCAGCCUCCCUGGCCAGCCAGGGCUGUAAAUUAAUGAUGAGCGCGAGUGGGGGAAGAGCAGCUCCGCAAACACCCGGGUGACUCACCGCCUCACCGGGAGGGGAUCGGGGUCCCGCGGGAUGGCCUGGGCGGGCAGAGGGGGCACACUGCCAGGGUAACCCCCACCAGGCUGGUGCUGCUGCUCCAUCUCGUUCCAGCCCCACCGAAGGAUCCCAGAUCCCCAUGCCGGGGAUGUUUCCUGCCUUUGGGUGAUGGGGGAGCCCUGUGUGAGCUGGGGGGGCGCUGGCAGCUGUGGGUGUCCCCUCACUGGAUGCUACCAGCACCCCAAGGGGACGGGUUUGGUGCUAUGGGAUGGGCCUUCAUCCCUCCUGCUGCACCAUCAGAACUGCCCCUCCCUGGGCUGGGGGUGCAGCCCCCUCCCCAGUGCCGCAGGGGUGGGCGCUGGCCCUGCCCUCAGGGCCUUUCCCUGGCUUUGGCAGGAGAGUGUGGCGAGCUGAGGUCCUGCGAGCUGUGCACAGGCAGCAGCCACUCCCACAACGGCACCGGCUGCGUCUGGGUGGGCUGCGGGACCCCCGAGGAGCCAGGAGCAGGGAGCUGCGUGCAGAGAGGCGCAGCAGCGCAGGGAACCUGUGCACUCUACAACAGCAGCGCCCUGUGCAGAGCACUGAAGUCCCACACAGAAGAGCCUCCACGAUCCCAUAGCAAGGAGCCAGUGACACACUCCACAAGGACCACCACCACCAGUGCCCCGCUGACGGGCAGCCCCGAGUUCCACGCGCCCGGCUUCGACACGGCGAGCUUCAUCGGGGGCAUGGUGCUGGUGCUGUGCCUGCAGGCCGUGGCCUUCUUCCUCUUCAAGUUCAUCAAGUCCAAGGACAGCACCUACCAAACGCUUGUCCUGCCUCCUCUGUCUGUCUGUCUGGGUCCUGGCUCUGAGCCCCCGGGGGGCAGGAGGGUCCCAGAUGUGUCCCUGGGAGCUGCCAGGUGUGCUCGGUGCUGUCCCCUCAUCCCAGGAUCGCUGUGCCUGACGUGGGGCCGUGCCCCCUCUCUCUUUCCUUCCACGCUGCCAGAGAGGACAACCAGUAGGUGCUGGGUGCCGGGCAGAGGGGAGGGGGUGUCCCCCCACCCCCAGAGCUUCACCCUUGCCUCGCACCUCCCCGGGCGGGGGGGGGCCGGGGCCCUCCCUCCUGCUCUGCAUGACGGGUGUUUCCCAACUGGUUUUGCUGUUUCCUGUCAGUUGUCAGGGAGGGAAAGGAAGGGGGUGCCCCCUCUCCCCUUCCUGGCAUGGAGCCCCUCGGGGGGGCAGCCCCAUACAGCCCCUUCUGCCACCUGAGUGAGGUGUCCCCAGUGCCCCCAGCCUCGCCCUGAGCCUCCCUGACAGCACGGGAACCGCAGCGCUCCCAGUUCUGCCCCAGUUUGGCCCCAGUUGCCCCAGUUUGGCCCCAGUUCGGCCCCAGCAGCCCCCUUCCCACUCUCGGACCCCCUGCCCCACUGCCUCCCCACAGCCUCGAGGCUCAUGGGGCCGGGGGUCCCCUCUUCCCCUCGUGGGCUCCCGGGUGCUUUUCCCUGCAGCGUUUUGGCCGGAGCCCCCGACCAUGCCCGGAUCCCCCCGUGCCCGCCAGAGGAGCGGAGCCAGGGCCCUGCUGUGUGCUUUUGCUGUGCCUCUGUGUGCUCUGGGGGGUCCCUCGCCCCCACCCUCUUUCUGUGUGCUGUUUUGGGGAGGGGGCUGCGUGUCGUGUGCUGUGGGGUGACACUUGUAGCUCGGGCUGCCCCCAUUAAACUCUGCCAGGUGGUGUCUGUGUUGUGUCCGGGGGUUGCUGUGGCUGGGGGGCUGCAGGGGACCCCCCCUCCCUCCAGUGCAGUCCAACCCUCCCCCAUGGUGUGGGUGGGCACUGGGACACCCCCAGCCCCUCUCCCCGGGGGCUGUGAGGGGCUGGGACCCCCAGGGUGAAGCCCCCAGGACCUUUCCUGCUACGUCCCCUCUCUGUCCAACG